CCUUUUUCCGCCCAUUGACGUCUAGAGUACAAUGGCUGUUCGCUACGAACUUUGUAUUGGUCUCAACCGGGGACAUAAAACUACCAAAAUAAAGAAUGUUAAAUACACCGGUGACAAGAAAGUCAAGGGUCUUCGUGGUUCUCGCCUAAAGAACAUCCAAACACGUCACACCCGUUUCAUGAGGGAUCUUGUGAGGGAAGUGGUUGGCCAUGCUCCUUAUGAGAAGAGAACCAUGGAAUUGUUGAAGGUGUCCAAGGACAAGCGUGCUUUGAAAUUCUUGAAGCGACGAUUGGGAACACACAUUCGCGCCAAAAGGAAGCGUGAAGAACUUUCCAACAUCCUCACUCAAAUGAGGAAGACUCAAGCUCAUGCUAAGUAGUUUAUUUUCUAAGACCUGAGGUUGGAAAUAAAAUGAUGAUGGUGAAUAAUGAUGAUGAUAUACAA